AGACGUCAGCUUGGGACGCCUGCGUGAAAACGAGAUCACGGAGUAUCGGUGCACUGAUUUAUUUUUCCAAACAGUACCAGCGAUCGUGACAAAUCUAAGUUAUUGAAGGCGCCCACAAAAAAUUCCCGUCGGUGAAAAACAAGGUAGAGGGACUUCGAGCCUUGAAUAUUGCAAAAUAUCCUGUGAAACAGAACGAUUUCAUGGCGAAGAGUACUCAUUCUAGACCUCUUGGCAUGACAGAGCGGGUGCUGCUCGACAGAGAAAAGAUAAAUAAUUGGGGCACUGUUACUUCUGUGCUGCUACUAGAUUCUCACGAAGAACUGAAUCAAGACCACCUGCGGAAAGCCCUCGGUCUGCUUCCCAAACGAUUUCCUUUGCUACGGAUGCAAAUUAACGAGAGCGGCGCUGAACCAUGCUUUGAAGAAAUGGAAAACCCAGAAACAGUAGACUUUCGAGUAUUGGACGAGAUAAUGGCUGAUGAAUGGGAAAAAGGCUUCGAAGAAGAAGCAGAUGGCCCUCCAUUCAUCCUUGAAACUGGUCCUCUAUGGCGAGUGGGGCUCCUGAGAGAGUCAUUCCGCGAAGACAAAUACAAUAACGCGUUGCUGUUUACAUUCCAACAUACAAUCUGCGACGCUCUUUCCGUCUUCCAGCUUCAACAAAAGCUAGUGGAAUUUUUAGCAGCUCUUCACAAUGGUGACGAAUUUGAAGUUAAAAGCUUGCCUCUUAGACCCCCCUUGGAAUCGCUGCUAUCGAAUCGAGGUGAACCGAGCACCGGAGAGAAAGUGUUGAUUUCAAGCUUUUUCGCACUUCAACGGGCUAAAACUUUCUUUGUGAAACCAAAUAAUCUGUACCUUUCAGUUUACCCCCCUGUUGCCGACUCAAAUCCGUCGGUGAAGAAAAAAACCUGUCUCCUCGGCCGAAGUCUGUCUGAAGAAGACACAAAGUUGCUGAUAAAGAACUGUAAAGCCAACAAGUGCACAGUUCACGGUGCCAUAACUGCCUCCACGCAUCAAGCGAUCGCGCGAAUUCUCCGCGUGAAAAAACACGAUCUUCAAACCCCAGUCUCCAUCGAUUCAGCCUACACAGUCAGUCUAAGAAAAGAGUGCCAGCCAAAGGUUGAAACCUUUGAGUUUGGAGCCUAUAUGACCGCAAGUGCUUUAUCAAUUUCAGUUCCCCUAGCUUACCCCGAUGACAAAGAUGGCUUCUGGGAAUUUGCUCGCACGUGUACUCGCGAGGUACACUCGCAGCUAGACUCUGGGAAGCACCUCAACCUUUUGAAGCUUUAUUAUUGUGCUGGUAGCAAAGCGUACUGCAACUUGCACAAUUAUGAACACAAUGAAGGUCGUAGGAGCCAGGUCAUCACUAUCACUAACUGUGGAGCCCUCCAGACGAGCCAGGGAGGGGAGUGUCCGUUUAAAUUUGCCGGGAUGUACUUUGGCCUGAGAGGUGAGAGAUUGGGCCAUGUAUUUGGUAACAAUAUCCUGACGGUGGAUGGAAAACUUUACUGGGCCGUGGAAUAUUUCCCACAUGUUACCACCAAAGCACAAGCAGAAGAUUAUAUUACAUCGUCCAUGCAGAUAUUAAAAGAUAUUUGUGCGCAGUGAUGCAAUCAACCGGGAAC